CGACGGUGAAAACAAUGCCCUAGAUACGGUCGAUUUACUACGCUGAUUUAGCACCUCUGCUGAUAUAUCGUCAAUUGCAUUCCUAUUGGGAAGUCGAUAGUUGACCAUGGUGAAGUCUAGGGUUGACAUUUGCUAGGACUAUACUAGGAAGAGAUUAAAAGAGAAGGACUAUGCGGGGUACUUAAAAAAGAGAGAGAAAGAAGAAGAAAAAGUUACAUACUGUCUUCGGAAUUGUCCCAAACAGAGCGAAAAAAAGAGAAACAAAAGAAGCCUAUUAACAUUACAAAUACACAGACAUAAGAAGAGGCAGUGCCUUUUUUAUACCCAAGUUAAAAUGGGUCAUACCAUUGGAACACAUGUUGUGCGCAGGUCGACAGCAUUUGAAGACCCUGCAAUUUUGCAAGUGUGAAGGUGAAGCUGUACGCUUGAUCAGAUUUAACCUAUGGCCAUCUUCAACUAAAUUCCCAAAGGUGGCAUUUCAUUUUGACUUUAUGCACUGGUUAUGUGGUCUUCCUCUUAAAAGCUCAGUGUCAGUUAAAAGUUUCUGCUCCGCAUUAGACGCGAGGACACCAAAACACAUGAAGACCUCUAUUCAUCAUCUGUCGUCAUCAAAGAUCUACUGCUGUGAUGCCGAUUUCCAAUUAGUGAGAAAAGAAUCUUCUGGAAAGAAUUGGUUCACAUACUUUGUGUUUCAGAAUUGCAGUGAUUUUCAGGCUGGCAACAGCUUGCGGUCCAAAUACAAAAAUAAGAAGUUAUCAGAGACGGCAGUGUUUGGAUGUGCUUGUCGUCAUGAGUGUCCAAAAAUGUUCUUCAGUUUGAAGCAUGGUGAAAGGCUUGGUUACUCAGUAUUCCUGUUAAACAAACUGUUGGAAGAAGAAGGCGAACAUGGCAAACUAUACCUGAUGUAUGACAUUGCUUGCAGUUUACAUCAGCAUUUGAAGAAAAACCAACAGAAUGCUGUAUUAGAGAGAACCAGAUUUGCUAUACCAAUGUUCUAAUCUUAUGGCCACAAAGUGGACUGUCAGAUUCUAUACAGUUGUAGACGUAUAGAAGGUCUUGGAUUAACUGAUGGAGAAGGUAUGAAAAGAAUUUGGUCGUUCCUAGGAAAAUUUUCAAAGAUCACCAAAGAAAUGGCUCCAGAAAACAGAAUCGACCUACUUACCGAUGCCCUGCUGCAUUUUGGCCAGAAAAUGAAAAAUAUACUAGGAUCCUCCCUCCCUGAUAAGCUUGCUAGAGCAGAGGAAAGAAAAAGCAAGGAGGCUCUUCAAGAGAUUUUGGAACCUUUUGCAGAAAAUCACUCCUUGUCACCUGCAGAAAGGUAUUGUCUUGCCCUGGAAGAGCUUACAAAAUACAGGGUUGUGUCUGUGGCUGAUGAGACCAAAGAUAAGAAAAGGUAUACAGCAUUGAACUACUAUGCAUGGCUGUUCAAAUUUAAGGACUUUAAAUUGAACUAUUCCCACUUUAUACUUAUUUAAAACUAUAAAUCUGAACAUUAAAUUGCUAUUUUCUGUCCUCUUAGUAAUUAAACACUAUCCACUUAUUAAAAUAACCUUAUGGAAAGUACUAGUAUCCCACACAAGUAGUUUUUAAAUGGUCAAAGAUUUGUGUGUAACUGUAUCUUUUAUAUUAUUUAUUUUACAAAUAUUAAUUUGAUCUCAAAUAAUGGUGCAUAAUUAAUGCAUGUUAUAGAUUCUUUCCCUUCUAAUGGUGACAUGUGUCUCUAAAAUAAUCUCUUUAAAAAGUCAGCCCCCACCUCAUUAAAUGCCAAUGUUACAUGUACAUCAAUAGACUGUAAUUAUAUCCUAUGAAGGCUAGAGACACAACUGAAAAAGAAGGGAAAGAAUGCUGGUGUCAAUCGAGAAUUUCUCACUCAAUUGCAUUUUAUUUUUCUGCAAAUUAUUAUAGUCUUACUUAACUAAAUACAAUUUGUCAAAUUAUGUCCGGAUUUAAUUACCACUGACAAGUAAUUUUGGGGGUAAGCGAGCACUGUAACAAGUGUUCAUUUAAUUGUUCAGGACAUUAAUAAUAUUGAUGUAUAAAUAAAUUGUCCAGGUUGUUGUGGACCUUUCCCUGUCUUUGCAUAUGCUAUACAUGUACUUCUCUGGUAUAAAAGAAAAAUGUUUUUCACUUAAACAGUUGUCAUGGUAGGUUUAGUUAAUACUUCCUUAUGUAUUUGAAUAAUGAAGACAGAUGUAGUAAGUUGAUAAGUCUUAUCAUAUUAAUUUUUUUCUCAGUAAAUGUUAUUCAUGCUCUUCUGUGUUCACAUGAUAUUUAUCAAACAAACAGUUACCUUUAAAAUAUUACAGAUAAUAAUUUCUCCUUCAUCACCUAAUUCUUUGUUCUAUAGAAGUGUUAUAUGCGGAUAAAACAAACUCUCAGCAGAAGGCUUUUGUGUAAUCAUGAUCUGAAGCUGCUAAUUUCAAACAAUUAUAUAUAGUAUAAUUAUGCGACUCUGUAUUUCUUGUAUGGUUCUUUAAUUUACAAAACAUUUGUGUAGAUGUUCAAAUAUUCUCAUGAGAAAUUUCGUCACAUUGAAAUACUUGUUGCCUGUAAAUAAAUAUAAUUAUUUAUUAAAUAUAUACGGAUGUAGAUAUUAACCAACAUUUCAAUGACAGUUUAUUUUACGAAAUCUCUUCCACAUCUGAGUACUGUAUCAUAUGUAAAUCAUGAUUUUGUUGUAUGCUUGUGUUUUUUAUACACAUGUUACAAAAACAUAUUUUAUUGUUCAUGCUUAUAUACUUUUGCUUCAAGUAUAAGGUCAUUUGAAAUGAUGAAACAGUUGCUAUUUCACUGAGAACAAUAAUCCUAAUAGAUCAUCUGUAAUUUUGUUGCGUAUAGAUGAUCGUUAAUUGGGUAAUACUAACUUUUCCUUAUACUCGUACCAAUAUGUAAACAGACAUAAUUCCUAAGGAUAAACUUUUAUCUAAUCAACAGAGAAAACUAUUCUGUAUAGAUCAUCUAUAAUUUCUUUUCGUAUAGGUGGUCGUCAAUACGGAAAUACUUAACUUUAAUUGAAACUCAUGCUAAGAUUACUAUUAUCCCAAAUAUAUAUCAAUUUUGAAAGAAAUUAAUUUAUGUCUCACAAGCUUCGUCCUUUUUAUGCUCCCUGGUAGGGCGACAUAUAGCAGUUGAACUGUCCGUCUGUCUGUCUGUCCGUCUGUCCGAACACUUUAACAUUUGUCAUAACUUUUCAAUAUUGAAGAUAGCAACUUGAUAUUUGGCAUGCAUGUGUAUCUCAUGGAGCUGCACAUUUUGAGUGGUGAAAGGUCAAGGUCAUCCUUCAAGGUAAAAAAAUUAACAAGGAACUAUAAACUCAUUUGAUAUAUGUCUUUUGUGAUAUCAUAUUACUCAAUUUGCAGAAUCAUUAGGCCCUAUGUCGCUCAUUAUGCCCCCCUUCGAAGAAGAGGGCGUAUUUUGCUUUGCUCAUGUCGGUCUGUCCACCAGGUUGUUUCUGGAUGAUAACUCAAGAACGCUUGGGCCUAGGAUCAUGAAACUUCAUAGGUACAUUGGUCAUGA